AAAUGAUAUAGUGGUUGUUGAUCGUUUCACUUACUUUGAGGCUUUGGGCAUCCAUGGGGAACUGCUUGGAUGCUUCCGCCAAAGUUGAUAGCGCCCACACUGCUCAUAAUUCUUCUGGCAACUCAAAAGCUACAAGUAAAACGACCUUAUCUUCAGCAGUUUCCAGCCUGACAGUCCCAUCGUAUAGUGGAAGAAGUACCUCUGAAAGUCUUCCCACACCCAAGUCUGAAGGUGAGAUAUUGUCAUCGUCAAAUUUGAAAGCAUUCUCUUUUAGUGAGCUGAAGAAUGCCACUAGAAACUUCCGUCCUGAUAGUCUUCUUGGAGAGGGAGGAUUUGGCUAUGUUUUUAAAGGAUGGAUUGAUAACCAAACCCUUGCUGCUGCAAGGCCUGGAUCUGGAAUGGUUGUUGCUGUCAAGAAGCUUAAGCCAGAAGGUUUCCAAGGCCACAAGGAGUGGUUGACGGAAGUUAACUAUCUUGGCCAACUUCAUCAUCCAAAUUUGGUUAAGCUUAUAGGUUAUUGCUUGGAGGGGGAGAAUCGGCUCUUAGUCUAUGAGUUCAUGCCAAAAGGCAGCUUGGAGAAUCAUCUAUUUAGACGCGGGGCCCAACCGGUGUCUUGGGCAAUAAGGAUCAAAGUUGCUAUUGGUGCUGCUAGAGGUCUCUCUUUCUUGCAUGAUGCCGAAUCACAAGUUAUAUACAGGGAUUUCAAGGCUUCUAAUAUUCUUCUAGAUGCGGAAUUUAAUGCAAAACUUUCUGACUUUGGCUUGGCCAAAGCAGGCCCCACUGGUGAUAGGACUCAUGUCUCCACUCAAGUCAUGGGUACUCAUGGCUAUGCAGCACCAGAAUAUGUUGCCACAGGUCGGCUGUCUGCAAAGAGUGAUGUAUAUAGCUUUGGGGUUGUAUUGUUGGAAUUGUUGUCUGGGCGUCGUGCUGUUGAUAAAACAAAGAUUGGCAUUGAGCAAAACCUGGUCGACUGGGCAAAGCCAUAUUUGGGUGAAAAACGCAAGUUAUUCUGGAUAAUGGACACCAAGUUGGAGGGCCAGUAUCCCCAGAAAGGAGCCUUCAUGGCAGCUAACCUUGCCUUACAGUGUCUCAACAUGGAAGCAAAAGUCCGACCCCGCAUGGCUGAGGUUUUAGCAACACUGGAGCAAGUCCAAGCGCCAAAAGAUGCUGCCAGACAUUCCCAACCAGAAGAUACAAAGAUCUCCAAUCCUGCCCACAGCUCCCCAUUGAGACACCAUCCUUCACCUCUCAAUCUUGCACCUGGUGGUUUUCCAUUGCCAUCACACCGGCAAUCCCCACGAGUACGUUAAGAGGAGGUUUUCCAUCCAAUAUGGUACUUAAUGUAAAUUGCUUUUUCCCACCUUGUUUGGUAGUUCAGAGGAAGUAAAAUGCUCGUGUUGAUAGACUGAAGCUUGACCAGUGUAACAAUGCAUUAUACAAGAUGUUGCUUGGUCCUCAAUCUAUGUGAUCAUUGUU